AUGGGGUCUCUGCUCCUCCUGUCGCUGCUGCUUUUGCUGGUGACCGUGUAUCCAGGAGAUGGAGGCGUGCUGGGGCGCCAGGCUGAGCGUGUGCAAGGCACCAGCGGCAGCCCUCCCGCACCCUCGGGGACACCAGCGCCCUUCUGGGUACGCAUUAGUCCGGAGUUGGUGGUGGUUCCGCAGGGGGGCUCAGUGUGGCUUAACUGCAGCAAUAGCUGCCCCCUGCCGGCAAGUUCCAGCGUCGGCACCCAGCUGCUGCGGGGCAAGACGCUCAGUGGGCCAGGUUGGGUAUCUUACCAGCUGCUGAAUGUGAGGGCUUGGAGCUCCGACGUACACUGCUUCGUCACCUGCGCAGGAAAAACGCGAGAGGCCACCGCCAGGAUCACCACCUACAAGCGGCCUCGCAGCGUUAUCCUGGAACCACCCAUCUUGGUUGGCCAAGGGUACUUUCUGCGCUGCCACGUGAUGCACGUUUUCCCAGUGGGCUCCUUGAUGGUGAUCCUGAGGCGCCGCGGCCAGAUCAUCUAUUUCGAAACCUUGGAGCACUUYCAAGGUUUGCAUGUGGCCAAUGUGACGCUGACCCAUGUUUUGCGCGCUGGGCCCAGCAACCUAUGGCAGCCGUUGACCUGCCACGCGCGCCUCAGUCUCCACGGUCUGGUGAUACACAGCAGCUCAGCACCUAUUAUGCUAACAGCCUUAGCUUGGAACCCCGCCUCCAAAGCCUUGGCCUCCACCUCCAUCGCAGCCCUUGUGGGRAUUCUUCUUGCCAUGGGGGCUGCCUACCUGUGCAAGUGCCCAGCUAAGCAGCCCUGGCUUAGAAAGCUAUUCUAUGCCAACUAA